UAGGCAGUGGCAAUCAUGUUCUUAAAGAAUAUCUGUUUUAAGUCUUAUCGUGUCUCACAACGUAGCAUUUCCUCAUUGGAUGAUGUUCUUCUGUGGGGUCCACACCCUUCUUUCCGUUUCAUAUUUUAAACGCUUCCUCAUAAAUUUGGUAAAAUAGCUAUUAUCCAAUUUUUGUUAUUUUUUUCGGCCAAAUUACCAAAAAAAGCCUCUUUUUUUUUAAAAAAUUACAGAAAUAGGCCGGUUUUUUAAUUAUUUACCGGAAUGGGUCAUUUUUUGCGAAAUCGCGGCCACGUCAGCGCGAUGUCGGGGAACUUGACAGGAGAUCGCGUCCACGUCAGUGCGACCUGCCGACGUGGAAGGAAAUCGCGUCCUUGAGGAAGCGAUUUCCUUCCACGUCAGCAGGCCGCGCUGACGUGGAAGCGAUUUGCCCGCGCGCAUGAACAGUGCCCAACGGUCAAAAAAUUGACCGUUGCCCCCCCAACGGUAAAAUUUUUUUUAAACUAUAUAAACCCCCCACCCCUUUUAUUUUCACAAACAAAUUCUCUCAAUUUCCUUCAAAAAUUCUCUCAAUUCCCUUCAAAAAUUCUCUCAAUUUCCUUCCAAAAUUCUCUCAAACUCUCAAAUUCCUUCCAAAAUCCUUUCAAUUUCCUUCAAAAAAUCUCCAAAUCCAUAUUAAAUUUAUUUUUCCAUUAAAUUUCAUUUUUUUAAGAAAAUUUUACAAUUUUUUAUUUUUUUAAAAAUAAUUUUAAAAUUUUUAAUAUUUUCAACAAUGGCCGGAUCAUUGAUUCGUCUUGACAGGAAUCACAUAUCGGUGGAGCAAAUGAACAUGGCUAAAGAUCGCGUAUUGGAAUGCAAUAUUCGGAAUAUGCAUGCUCCUCCAUCACCGUUAGUAGAGAACUACCUCCGGGAAGCGGGAUUUUGGCACGUGGCGACGGUAGGCCGGGGAUGCAAGUUGGAGCCGAAACUGAUCAGUGCGUUGAUCGAGAGGUGGAGAUCCGAGACGCACACAUUUCAUCUUCCAUGUGGAGAGUGCACUAUCACUCUAGAAGAUGUCCAUCUGCAUUUGGGAUUGCCGGUGGACGGACACCCAGUGACCGGGUCUGCCCAAUCUAGCAAUUGGGAGGCGGUGUGCUACGAGCUUUUGGGCGCCGUUCCGGAUAAAAUGGAUGGAGGUAGGGUGGAGAUGGGCUGGUUACGUGCGACCUUCCCCGAUCUGAAUGAAAAUUCAACCGAAAUUGAAAGAAUCCGAUAUGCUCGAGCAUACAUUCUUCAAAUAAUUGGAGGCUAUCUCAUGGCCGACACGUCACGGAGCCGUGUACAUCUAAGGUGGCUACUAAAACUCGUUGAUUUUAGAGGAGCCGGCGAAUUUAGUUGGGGGUCUGCCGUCUUGGCAACAUUAUAUCGGGAGAUGUGCGGGGCGACCAAACCGAGGAGAGCCAAAAUCGGAGGAUGCCUGUCACUACUGCAAUCAUGGGCACGGUUUCGCUUUCCAUUUCUACGUCAUCGAGUGAACCACCCAUAUACAUUCCCACUCGUAACGAGGUGGAACCAUCCGGCGAGUUAUCGUGGAUUACCGUCUGAACUUGAAGAUAUACGGCUUCUAUUGGACCAACGGUCGGAAGCAGAAUUUCAAUGGACACCAUACGAGGAUCCGACAAUCCGGGCAGUAAUCCCGGAAGAGUUUUUACAAAACCCUAACUCUUGGCACGUGAAAGUGAUGUUGAUCAACUCACGGCUGUGGAGCCCCACGCAUGCAUGA